AUUUGCUCGGCUUGUAUCUCUUCGUAUCGGAGCAAAAAUGGCAGCGUGGAGUAGCAUUUUUCGUGGCACAAGCCAGAAAUUCUUGCAAAUCGCCGGUUUUAGAACGGCAUUGUUGAGAAACGAACAAACAAGAUGCAUGUCAGGAGAAGAUCGUGUGAUGCAUAUACAACCCAGCCGUUAUCAAUGGCAUCUAGUGAAAAAUUGGAUCCACUUUUACUUUCUACUUGGUGCUAUUCCUAUUGGCAUUGCAAUCACUUUAGUCAAUGUGUUUAUCGGUCCUGCUACACUUCAAGAAAUUCCUGAAGGUUAUGUCCCAAAAGAAUGGGAGUAUUAUCAACAUCCUAUUAAGAGAUUUUUACAACGUUACUUUUUUCCAUCGCCACAGGAAGAGUACGAAAAGAUGCUACAUUUUGUACAUCAUGAAAAUGAAGUUAGAAAAGUCAGGCUUCUUGAACAGCAAGUGCGCGAUGUGAUGAACGAAAAGCAUGAUUAUAGAGGUCCUUACUUCAAAGAAUUCUCUGGUUCCAAAUAUUUGUACAUAUAUAGGGAAUCUUUAGAUAAGUUGCCCUAUGAAAACAAAUAAAAUCCUCAUUUUCCUCAUCCUGAUUGGCUUUUACUUGAAAGUUUUAGAGGAGCUGGAAAAGUUUUACUCUAUCAGGUUAGUUUCAUGUAUGGCUUGUGUGUAUAUUCUACAUAAAUCUUUAAUUGUACUAUAUUCUGUAUAAGUUGUGCGCUGUCUCACACACAUAAAUUUGUUAACACAUAUACAUAUAUAUAUAUGUGUGUGUGUGUGUGUGUGUGUAUAGUUAUAUAGUUAAUAAAGUGUGAAUUGAA